GCGUGUCAAUCUUACCGUGGCUCACAUUGUACCACGUGGAUAGAGUGCCACGUUGGCAAAAUAUCUUAGAGCGCGCGAGACGGAGUUUUUUCUAUGGCGGUGCUCAGCUUGCGGGCGUCUCCAAUCUCGCGCCCCCCGCCACAGCUCCAUCGCGCCAGGAAUCCAGAGCUCAAACUCUCCCGAUCCAGAUUCGUCAGCAAUCCUCCAAUCCCAGGCCAAAUCUCUGGCAUCCCCGGCGUUUCUAGCUUCUCGCUCCAAUGUAGAUCGAAAACGCGAGGAAACCUCGUCCGAUUGGGGCAAAUCUCUUGUGUUCUUGGCAGCGAUGGCGCUCCCCAGGUGGAUUCUUCGCCUUCUUCGCUUCCCUCGCACAGGAUUUGGCUGUCGGACGUGAUUGCGCGACCGCCAGGGCCGAGCAAUCUCCUUCUGGGGAGGAAAUGGGGCUCGCGGGAUUGCAUCCACCUGGGAUUCCUGGCGCUCGUCCAUGGAUUUUGCCUCCUUGCGCCAUUCACCUUUACGUGGGGCGCAUUUGGAUCGUUCGCGGCGCUGUACGUCACCACGGGCUUAUUCGGAAUAACCCUGUCGUACCACCGGAAUCUCUCGCACAAGAGCUUCAAGCUGCCCAAGUGGCUCGAGUACACAUUCGCGUAUUGCGGAGCUCAGGCCAUGCAGGGGGAUCCAAUUUCCUGGGUGAGCUCCCAUCGCUACCACCACCAACAUUGCGACACUGCAAGCGAUCCACACACUCCACUCCAAGGGUUUUGGCACAGCCAUAUGGGAUGGCUAUUGGAUAACCAGGCUUUCCUAGACAAGGUCGGGGAGCCAAGCAAUGUGGGUGAUUUGAGGGGCGACGCGUUUUACCGGUUUUUGGAGAGAACUUACCCCAUCCAUCCGGUCGUUCUAGCCGGGAUAUUGUACGGCAUUGGUGGCGUGCCGUACGUUGUCUGGGGCAUGGCGGUACGGAUUGUGUGGGUUUACCAUAUAACCUGGGCGGUAAAUUCGGCGGCCCACGUAUGGGGGAGUCAACAGUGGAACACCGGCGACCUCUCCAGGAAUAACUGGUGGGUGGCAUUGUUGGCAUUUGGGGAGGGGUGGCAUAACAAUCACCACGCGUUCGAAUAUUCGGCCAGGCAUGGUUUAGAAUGGUGGCAAUUUGAUAUGACGUGGUAUGUGGUGAGGUCUCUCCAGGCGCUAGGCCUCGCCACAAAGGUGAAAUUACCCUCCCAUGAGCAAAGGGUAAAACUCGCCAUGUAAAACCGCCUGUUUUUUUCUUAACCUUUUAACGCGGCCAAGAACCCUAAA